AUGGGGGCAUGGGAUAAGCCGAACAGCAUAGGAGGAGCUGGACUGAUUAUCCGAGACGCGGCUGGGGAGUUUAUUGCUGCCAUGGCGAUGCAACUGGAGGGGAUUACAUCGGCUCUAAUGGCUGAAAAUGUUGCCCCAAUUCCGAAGCCUGGAGAUGUUGGAGCUCGUUUAGCGAUUAGAAUAUCAGGAGACCAAGCUGCAAUUUUGGGUUGUGGGUUCUUUGGAGCUCAAGACACCCUUCACGAUGAUAGGGGCCGCCAUUACUUCAAGGAUUGCUACAUCCAGGGCUCCAUUGAUUUCAUCUUUGGCAAUGGAAGAUCAUUAUAUGAGAAUUGUCAGUUGAUUUCGAUGUCAAACCCAGAGUUGACCCUAGGAACAAAGAGUAUAAACGGCGCGGUUACAGCGCACGGCAGAGCUUCCAAGGAUGAAAACACUGGCUAUGCAUUUGUCAACUGCUUUAUUGGAGGGACUGGAAGAGUAUGGCUGGGUCGAGCAUGGAGGCCUUUCUCUCGAGUGGUUUUUGCCAGCACAACAAUGACUGAUAUUAUAGCUCCUGAAGGGUGGAAUGACUUCAAUGAUCCAACAAGAGACCAGACUAUAUUCUAUGGAGAAUACAAUAACUCAGGUGCGGGAGCAAAUAUGAGCUUGCGUGCGCCUUACGUACAGAAGCUGAAUGACACACAAGCUUCUCUUUUUCUUAAUGUGUCUUUCAUUGACGGGGGAGAUUGGUUGCAAUCAGUCAUUGAUUAGACUCUAUAUUGGGCCUUUUUUCUUAUCUCUUCCAAUGUAAUAUCGUGAUUAAAUUGUUUGUUCUCGUCAA